AUGAGUGAUAAUGAAAGUUUUAUAUCCAUUGAAAAUAAUAAUGAUGACAAUGUUAAAGAUAAUGAAAAUAAAACUAAUUUAAAUUUAGAUAAUUUUUUAGAUUAUGAUAUUGAUUAUAUGAACGAUACAGAAAAGUAUAAUUAUAUAGGAGUAGAUAUUUUACAAAGACCAGAUUUUUUUAAAAUAAAAAAUGAGAAAAUAGAAUUUUUUGUUAAUGAUAGUUUGAAUGAUAUGAAUAAUGCUUUACGUAGUAGAAAAAAAGAAGAAAUUGAUAUAUUUUUUAAAAUAAAAAAGGAAUUGUAUAAUAUUGCAUUUAAAAAUCACAUUAAUCGGAUGAAUAUCAAUAAUAGUAAUAGUAAUAAUUCAGUAGAUACAAACAUUAAAACAGGAAAUGAAAAUAUUAAAAUAGAAGAUAAUAAUACUAAAAAUAAAGACAAAAACAAAAAGUCAUAUGAUAUAUUAAAUAAUGAUUUAGGUAUAUCAUUAGGAAAUAAAAUAGAAGACACAUAUAAUGAAAUAAAAAAUAGUGUAAACUGGUUAGGAAAUUUUUUUUCAAAUAAUGAACAAUAUGAUAAAAAAAAAAAUUUAAAUAUAUAUUAUAGUGAUUUAUAUUUUUUUAAUGAUACAACAAUUAUACGUUUCUUAGAUACAUAUAAUUAUAAUAUGCUAAAAACUUUAAAUAAAAUAAUUAAGUGUAUAUUAUGGAGACAAAUGAGCAUUAUUCAUUUUAAUAAUAAGCAAGAUAGUUUAAAUAAAUCAUGUAAUUUAAUUAAUAAUGAUAAUAAUAUUUUUGUAAAUCCUAAAAACUUAAGAAAUAGUUUGAUGAAAAUGAAUAUUUUUCGAUGUGGUUAUGAUUUAAAAUCAAGACCAUUAUUAUAUAUCAAGAUACAAGAAAAAUUAGAUAUACGAGAAGAUGAAUUAAUCUUAAUGUUAGUGUAUCAUGUUGAUAUGUGUAUGAAUAGUAUUGAUUAUAAAAAAUGUUAUCAGAAAAAUAACUCAGAUAAUUCGGGAAAUGCAGAAUUUGAUGAAUCCACUUUACAACUUGUGAUAGUUGUAGAUUGCUUAAAAUUCGAUUUAAAUAAUAUGAUUAGUGUUGAUUGUAUAAAAAAAAUUAUUAACAUAUUUAAUGAAUUUUACACCGAUGUUUUAUAUAGAAUAUAUAUUAUAAAUGUUCCUUCUUUUUUUAAAAAAGUUUGGUCAUUAUUUAAUAUGUUUAUUGAUAAUCAUACAUUAAAGAAAAUAAUAAUUAUAAAUAAAAAAAACAUUAAUAUGAUGUAUGAGCAUAUAAUUUCAAAUUUUAUGAAUUAUUUUGAUAGAACUUCUGAUAAAAAAAAUGAAAAUUCUAUAUUUUUCCCCUCUAAUUCAUUAUAUUAUAAAUAUGAUGAAAAAUAUUAUGAAAAAUUAGUAAGUUAUGUUAAUAUAUGGGUGAAUAAAAUGAUAGAAGUUAAUCAUUAA